AGGACGUAGUAUUUGCAUAUGUGAAGGAUGGUCCUCUCGUCGAGCCUGCGCAGGAAGAGGAUCUACCUCGACAAAUGAAAGGUCUGCUAAAUUGGUACAAGGGUUACAUAAAACUUAAAAACGCCAGAGAAUAUAUUUAUGCGGAAGUUAGACCUGAGCAUCACUUCAAACAUUACUAUAUAACAAUUCAUCGGAGUGAAUUGUUCCAGCUGUUCAAUCUGCGCGAGCUCGACAAAUCUAUCAUCAGCUGCUAUGUUCUAAUGAAGAAGCGGGAAAUGCGAAUAAGGCGCACCCAUGAUGUUGGGUUCAUUGACCCACAAAUCGUUAAUUCAUAUGUGUUAGAACACCACCCCAAAGACGUGGAGGGUGACCUGUGGAUGUUUCUUACAAAACAGGAACUCAAAAGUGAUAUUCUAUUUCCUUACCAUUUUGGGUUCCACUGGAUUCUGCUAGUAAUUCAAAUUCAGAACUCCACAGUUCUCGUCCACGACUCUCUGAAUAUGGAUACGAAGCUUUGGGCCGACAUGAGAAAAAUGAUGCAAAAGGUUUGGAGACGGUUCGUAGAUCAAAAGGUCGGUGAAUUCAAAAAAGAGCUACAUUUUAAAAGGGCAAAGGCUGCGACCGGGGAUAUUCAGCCACCGGGGACCAAUCUAUGUGGAUACUAUGUUUGUGAGAGGAUCCGGAGAUACACCACUGAGCGGCAGCCGUCUGAGAACAACACCAGGAGGAAUAACCUCCGGACGACGCUUACUCCAGAAGCUCGCUUCCGACCACUUCAAGAGGAACUAGCUGGAUGGUUCGCCAGAGAAGUCAUCGAUCCUAGAGGAGAACACUAUGUAGAGGACGUAGAACUUUAUAUGCACUAAAUAUGUAUGGAAACUUGUUCAAAAUUGUAUAUGGUCAUCCGAUAUUGAAUAUAUAUUGUAUAUUCCUCUUGAAUUCUUUUUGGUUCUAAUUUCAAAUUUGUUUGAAAUUGUACAUUCAUAUGCAUGUAUGUAGUACGGUAGAAUAUGUGAAACUCCUUCAAAAUUAAAACCCAAAAGAAAUAAAACAAUACAAAUUAAAAACAAACCAGAUUUAGGGGGAGGGGGGCUAAACCCUAAACCCUGCGGAGGCCUUUAGUCGCGGUUGGCCAGAAGAACCGC